GAUCCCCUUGGGAUGAGCCCCGGCUGAGCGCCGGGCCGCGGGGCCGCCGCCAUGAACGAGGCGGUGGCGCGGCGGACGCGGGAGAGCCUGGGGCAGGUGAUCCGCAAGCCGCCGCUCACGGACGCGCUGCUCAACAAGCCCCCCUUCCGAUACCUGCACGACCUCAUCGCCGAGGUAAUCAGGGUGACAGGUUUCCUGAAAGGACUUUACACCGAUUUUGAGUUGAAGUCAGACAAUGUUAAGGAUAAAGACUCCAAAAUCAACUUCCUUCAGAAGGCCAUCGACGUGGUGGUGCUGGUGACGGGGGAGCCGCUGGCAGUGAAGCCGGUGCGUGUCGUGGCUGGGCACGAGCCAGAGAAAACCAACGAGUUCCUGCAGGCCAUUGGGAAGUGUUGUUUGAACAAGCUCUCCAGUGACGCUGCUGUGAAAAGGGUCUUAGCUGGGGAAAGAGCUGAUCCUAAAGGGAAACCUCCGUCCUCCAAACCUCGAGAGAAAGAAAGCAGGGAGUCCAAACCAGAAGAACCAAAAAGCCACAGGGAAAAGGAGGGCAGGAGAGACCCUGAAAUCAAAGACAGGUGCUCGAGCAGAGACAGCAAACCCAGAGAGGGCAGAGAAAGGGAGAAGGAAGGUGAGAAGCAGAAGGAUAAUAAAGAGAGGCACCAAGAGCCUGAACGUGAGACCUCGAGGGAAGGAGAAAAACAAGAAAGGGAAAGGAGCAGAAAAACGACCAAGCAAGGACGAGAAGCAGAAAAAAGCAAAGGAAAAGGGGAUGCAGAAAAUGAUCUGGAACGUGAGAAAGGACAGGAAGCAGAGAAAAAACAUGAAGGAGAAAGAGAAAAGGACAGAGUGAAAGGAAGAGGCAAAGAGAAGGCCAAGGACAGGGAAGGAGAGAAGGACAGAGAGAGAGGAAGAGACCGGGACAGACACAGGGACAAGGAGAAGGACGAGGAGCAUCUCUGGGAACGCGGCAAGGAGAGAGCAGAGAGGAAGCCCACAGAUCCUGAGGAAUCCACACUUAGGAAAGCACAGAGGCCAACUAAAGACAGCAAGUGCCAGCCAGAUAAUGAGAGUGAAAGUCCUGCAGGGACAUCGAGGCAACCUUCAACCAAAGGAUCAAGGCAACGCUCCAAACCCACAGGAGAAGGAGCUGUGGACACCAGGAGUGGGACUGCACAGGAUGGAGCUGCUGAUCCACAGCAGAGAACUGAGGCAGCACCCGCAGGGAAACCCAAAGGAAGGGAGGUGGAGGACGUGGCUCCCGACAGACCCGCGGGCGGGGAAGCCCCUCCCGAGGUGCCCCCGCAAAGGCGCAUCCCCCGCCCCGGCAGCGCCCGGCCGGCCCCUCCCCGGGUGAAGCGGCAGGAGAGCUCGGAGCCCCCGCUCCCAGAAAGGAGCGGCAGCGCCAAAACCGUCCCGAGCGUGAUCCUGGACCAGCAGGUCGCUGGGGAGGAGGAUGAUGAUGAGCAGUUUGUGGUGGAGGCAGCAGGGCCACUGCCACAGGGGAUAAAGGAGCCUGAAGUGGAGCUGGUUGAGGAUCAGAAGCAUGGUGGGCUGGUGAAAGGAAUCCUGGAAACCAAGAAGGAUUAUGAGGCCUCCCAGACAACAGACAGGGAGAAGCCGGUUGUUUCGGAAGGAUCCAGGAAGAGAGAGAGGGACUUGGUAGCCAAAGAAAUCCGGAAGCCUCAGGCCUCCAUCCAGACCCUGUGCCAGAACACCUUAGCCCUUGGCAGGAUCGUGGAUUACAUCCAGGAGGACAUGGAUGCCAUGAAGAACGAGCUGGAGAUGUGGAGGCAGGAGAACAGGCAGCACGAGGAGGCCCUGAGGAGAGAGCAGAGCAUCACAGACAGUGUUUUGGAACCUCUGAAGGCUGAGCUGGCCGAGCUGGACCAGCUGAUGAACGACCAGCAGGACAAGAUUCGUGCUGUCAAAGCCAAUAUCUUAAGGAAUGAUGAAAAAAUCCAGAGGAUGGUUCUCAGCAUAAACCAGGCUGCAAGAAAGUGAAGGAGAGGGAAAAGAGAAGACUUUAAAAAAAAAAAAAAAAGCCUUGGGACUCACGGACAUUCCUACCAAAAAAAAAAAAAAAUCCACCCCCAAAUCCCAAAUAGCAGAUAUGCCUUGUUCAGAUUUAAAAGGUUUAGGGACUGGAACCCUAAAAUUGUGUUAAAAAAUGUUAUUGCAUUGAUUUUUAGAUGUUAUUCUGCAGGUUAAAAUGUUAUUCACUUGAAUGUUCAAGUUGCAGAGCUAUUAAAAUAACUUGUUUGUUUAAA